GAAGACCGCACCCUGCACACGCUGUACAGCGCCCCCAGCAGAACAUUCCCCGGCCAGCCAGAGCCGCUGGCUGCCCCUAUUAGAAGCCCCCGGCUCUAGCACUACCCCGUGCUGCAUAUAUUAUGUGACAUCACCGAUUGGAGCCGCCUCCUCCGCCAGUCAGUACAGCGAGAGCUCCAUGCUGAGCGGACUCUGCUCCCUACGCUCCCUGUGGACUUGUCGGGACCCCCCCCCAGACUGAUGCCUUGUGCAGCCCCCCGGCCCAGGCGCACAGUUACUGUGGUUUAUGCACGACCUUGGCAGUGAGGAUGAUUGCCCAGUGAUGCUUUGCUGGUCUUGCCAUAGAGCUUCCUGUGGAAGAUAGACGUGUGGCUUUUCUCCAUCAUGUCCAGGCUAUGGGUGCUCUCCCUGUCGUUGCCAACCAUCUCUAUUUUAAUAUUCCACCUCUCAGCGCACAAAGUAAGAGCAGAGUAUUCAAAUAUGGAAGAGCAGUGUAUGAAGAGAGAACAUCCCAUCCUUACCUUUCAAGAACUCAAGCCCUGGCUGUCUAACUUCACGUAUGGUGACGUACAGGACUUUUCCCAGGUAUCACUCGAUGUGAACAGGAACCAGCUAAUUGUAGGCGCCAGGAAUUACCUCUUCAGGCUCAGUCUGUUUAAUGUGUCUCUCAUCCAGGCAACCGAGUGGAGUUCAGAUGAAGAGACCCGAAAAUCCUGUCAGAGUAAAGGGAAAACAGAGGAGGAGUGUCAGAACUACGUACGAGUACUGAUAGUAAAUGGAAAGCGAGUGUUCACCUGUGGGACUAACGCGUUCUCGCCUGUGUGCACCAGUCGCCAGGUGGGUAACAUAAGCAGAGUGAUUGAGAAAAUAAAUGGAGUGGCGCGCUGCCCUUACGAUCCCCGUCACAAUUCCACUGCCGUCAUCACAUCCCGGGGUGAGCUGUAUGCUGCUACAGUUAUUGACUUUUCCGGCCGGGACCCAGCCAUCUACCGCAGCUUGGGCAGCAUUCCUCCUCUCCGCACCGCACAGUAUAAUUCCAAGUGGCUGAAUGAACCCAACUUUGUUGCUGCCUAUGACAUUGGACUGUUCACGUAUUUCUUCUUUCGGGAGAACGCAGUGGAACAUGACUGCGGGAAGACUGUGUACUCACGUGUAGCCAGAGUCUGCAAAAAUGACUAUGGGGGACGGUUUUUGCUGGAAGACACCUGGACGACAUUCAUGAAGGCUAAAUUAAACUGCUCGCGCUCUGGAGAGAUUCCUUUUUAUUAUAAUGAGCUGCAGAGUACCUUCCUCCUCCAGGAGCAGGAUCUCAUUUAUGGAGUCUUCACAACCAAUGUAAAUAGCAUUGCUGCCUCAGCAGUCUGUGCCUUUAAUCUCAGCGCUAUCACUCAGGCAUUCAAUGGCCCAUUUAGAUACCAAGAAAACCCUCGAUCAGCUUGGCUACCAACGGCCAACCCCAUACCCAAUUUCCAGUGUGGAAUCUUGAAUGAUGACAGCCCCAAUGAGAACCUUACCGAGAGGAGCCUGCAGGAUGCUCAGCGUCUUUUUCUUAUGAACGACGUAGUCCAGCCGGUGUCUGUGGAUCCAUUGGUGACACAGGACAGUGUGCGCUUCUCCAAACUGGUGGUGGACAUUGUCCAGGGCAAGGACACUUUAUACCAUGUCAUGUAUAUAGGAACAGAACACGGCACCAUCCUUAAGGCUCUGUCCACGGCCAACCGCAGUCUGAGGAGCUGUUACCUGGAAGAGAUGCAUAUUUUGCCCAGCAGCCAGCAAGAAGCCAUCCUGAGUUUACAGAUACUGCAUAGUAACCGAUCUCUCUUUGUGGGUUUAAACCAUGGAGUCCUGAAAGUGCCCCUGGAGAGGUGCUCCAUGUACCGGACAGAAGGGACUUGCCUGGGAGCCAGAGACCCAUACUGCGGCUGGGACAGUAAGAAGAAACGCUGUACAACGCUCGAAGACAGUUCCAACAUGAGCCUGUGGUUUCAGAAUAUUACUGAAUGCCCGGUCAGAAACUUGACAGUGAAUGGAGGUCUGGGAGUGUGGUCCACCUGGCAGCCCUGUCAGCACUCAGACGGAGACUCCACUUGCCUCUGCCGCUCUAGAAUCUGUGACAAUCCCCAGCCUCGUUGUGGGGGGCGUGACUGCGACGGACCACGCAUAGAGAUAGCCAACUGCUCACGGAAUGGUGGGUGGACACCUUGGUCAUCAUGGGCGCAAUGUAGUACGUCCUGUGGAAUCGGAUUCCAAGUGCGGCAGAGAACAUGCAGUAACCCAGCUCCGCGCUUUGGUGGGAGAGUGUGCGUGGGGCAGAGCAGAGAGGAACGCUUCUGUAAUGAAAAGAGUCCAUGUCCAGUUCCGAUCUUCUGGUCCUCAUGGGGUUCAUGGAGCAAGUGCAGUGCUGACUGUGGAGGGGGGAUUCACACCAGACAACGCACCUGUGAAAAUGGCAACACCUGCCCUGGCUGUGCUCAGGAAUUCCGGACAUGUAACUCUGAAGGAUGCCCUGAGGUGCGGAGAAAUACUCCCUGGACACCGUGGAUGCCAGUAAAUAUCACACAGGGAGGUGCACGCCAGGAGCAGCGUUUCCGGUACACUUGCCGCGCUCAGCUUUCUGACCCCCAUGAGCUGCAGUUUGGAAGAAAGAAGACUGAGUCCCGGUUUUGCCCUAAUGAUGGCUUUGCAACCUGCGAGACAGACUCUUUUGUGGAUGACUUGAUGCGCAGUGGAAAGAUUAUGGCCCGCAUGAUUAGUGGGGGCUGGGGUCCAUGGGGAGCCUGGUCUGCCUGUUCCCGAGAGUGUGAAUUGGGAUUCUGGUCUAGAAAAAGGACUUGCAACAAUCCAGAACCUCGUAAUGGGGGACUUUCCUGCACAGGGUCUGCCACCGAGUUCCAGGACUGCAACCCACAGCCUUGUCCAGUGAAGGGAUCUUGGUCCUGUUGGUCAUCAUGGUCGCAGUGCUCAGCCACCUGUGGGGGAGGACAUUAUCAGCGCACACGUACCUGCACCAACCCUGCACCAUCUAAUGGAGGCGACAUCUGUAUUGGGCUACACACCGAAGAGGCGCUCUGUAACACAUACACCUGUGAAGGUGGCUGGGCAGAUUGGUCAGAAUGGAGUAUGUGUCAUGAAGAUGGAACACAAUAUCGUAACCGUUAUUGUGACAUACACAAUCCUGGACCCACACAGUGUCUUGGAAACAGCACUCAGUUCAGAGACUGUAUUUACAAUGAAAUUCCAGUUAUUCUGCCAGCUUCAAGUAUUGACGAAAACAAGGAGUGUGGAGGUUUCAGCCUUAUUCAUCUGAUCGCCACGGGGGUCUCCUGUUUCUUUGGCUCCAGCCUCCUGACAUUUGUUAUCUAUGUUUAUUGUCAACGCUGUCAGAGGCAGUCCCAGGAGUCCACUGUUAUACACCCGGCCACCCCUAAUCAUCUUCAUUACAAAGGCAACUCUACACCCAAGAAUGAGAAGUACACUCCUAUGGAGUUUAAGACGCUCAAUAAGAAUAAUUUGCUGCCAGAUGACCGAACCAACUUUUACCCUUUGCAGCAAACAAACAUGUACACUACCACAUACUAUCCGAGUACUUUGAACAAAUACGACUUCAGACCAGAUUCCUCCCCUGGCAGAACUUUCACAAACAGCUGAGAUAUGACCCGUAAUGGAAUUCACGUCGUCUCACUGAGGUUCCGUCUCCUUCCCCCUCUCAAGCUCCAUAAAUUGUGGCUCAGCUCAUUCUUCGUCAUCAAAUGAGUUGGGCUAAUCCUGCUGAUCCUUUUCUGCAAACUCUUGUGGACAUCGCACUGGAAGAAACUACUAGGACAUGGCUAGGGUGGUCUCUUCACGGUCAGGAGAGGAGUAUAGUCCCAAGAUCUCUGAUUACUUGAAGAUGAAUGAUCUGCUUCUGCAGAGAUGCCAGGACAUGUACAUUUUUUUUUUAUUUCCUGGUGAUUUGUGGAAGCAUUUGACAUGUUCCUACAUGAGUACAUUUCCGUAAGCAAAAGAAAAUAACAUGUUACACUGAAUGGCUUUGUUGCUUUGCAUGACCAACUUCCGCUCAUUUUCACAUUGCGGCUCUUAUUCUGUCUUUGGCAGUAUUAAUUCCUGGAAUUUACCAACAGCAUCUCAACUUCCCUGCAGCAGUCCAGACGCACUGCUGUCAAUGGCGAGGAUGGUGAGGAACUUUUUGAAAAAUGGUGUUCUUGUUUAGCUGGAAGUAGUGAAAUACUUGCUAAAUAGAAACUAUUCCACCUCUAACAUGUGGCUGCAUUCUUAUUAUUGAAGUGUAUGAGUUCCAGUAACGGCUCCGUCUGAAGAGUCCCUGACAGAUAAAUCACAUAUCCCAUUGAAUCUAAAGUUGUUCACCCAUCAUCAGAGUUUCUGGGGUGAGACACGGUUCUAAACACCAAAUACAAAAGUAAUCAUGUGAAAUGUAUCAAGUUAUGUUCUUCACCUAUAAAGGGUCCACAACAGUUUUGGCCUCUUUGUUACCUAGAAAUAUAACAUGUUAAAAUCAUGGUGGCAUUAAAAACACUGAGACGGAGUUUUCUGUUGGACACGCUCAGACUGAACGUCUCAGCCCAUGGGAUGCAUGUGUCUGGAACAGCCUCACAAAUGAGAGGGGGAGGGAGCAGAUGCGUCCAUGGCACCUACGACAGCCAAUCUCUGAGCCCUUUUGAGUGAAUGGAAGUGGAAACACCCAUUUUUAAAACCCUCAGAUUGGCUGCACGCUCUGAUGUAAUAACUCAUUCUGAUGUACAAAGAAUCAUUGAACACUAUGGAUUUGUUAAUGUAGAUUUUUAUUUCAUGUUUACUAGGAUUGCAAUUGUUUUAUUUUUAGAUUAUUUUUUUUUAUAAAAUAACAGGACAAAGAAUGUCAAUGCAUCUUGUCUUCCACAAUAUAUGUUUGACCCAGAAUAUGUUAAAAUAUCACAGAGAUGCCGUUUACUGCAGGAGGACUGUAAAUCCAGUUGGUGGUGUGAGAGUUUAAUGGAGAUUUCAACAUAACAAUUACAAUGAAGUUUUACUUUACAAGAUAAGGAGGUGGAUAAUAAUCCUGUAUUGUAUUCUGGAAACCGAUGCCAGCAACAAACAGUGGUUUUGACAGUAUUGUGCUGUAGGGAAGGGUUGUUUUUAGAGAUGAAGUCUUUGACGUGUCAUACGUUAGAUAUGGGAGGUGGCAUUACCCUGUAUAGACUUUUGUCUGAAGUAUGUGAAGAGUAUUGAGAUUUUAGAAUUGAUGUUUAGAAAUGUUUGGUGGAAAGAAGAAAAAAAAACAUUGCAGAAUGUGGCAGUGUGGCUUUGGUUUGUAUUCACUUUUUGCCACUUACCCCUUAUGGGAAACAGAUGGGUCACGUUUAAAAAGUGGCGUUUAGAGUUGUUUUGCGCCUUAGUUUAGAGUAAUUGCAAUGCAAACCCAUUCAGUGCCUAUUCUGUUUUUUACAGUAUUUAAAGUCUGGUUGUAAGACAUAGGAAGAGUUUCAGGUCCACACAAGCUUUAUAAAUAAAGUAUACCCAGAGCCAGGUUCUAGGAGGGAAAGAGAUACCAUUUUUGUCAUGUACCUGAUGUAACGAGAUGUGUUAAACUCUUGCAGCCUCAGCUCCACUCUCCCCCGCCUGCCUCUUACUGCUAAUGACAUGGCAGUUCUCUCACUGUGACAGAAACACGUUUUCUGCAGAUUGAAUUUCUCUCACCACUCAAUAUUAGUGGUUUGCCCCCAAGGUCACCACAUUUCCUCUAAAAUUGUCUCUUCAAUCUCCUCUGGGGUAAAGUGACACUGGCUAGUGUGCAGCAUUCAGCUGGUAUUAGGGAUGUGCAUUCCAGCAUAAGUCAGAAAGUAGAGAUGUGAUGCAUGAUAAAAAUGCUGUAACCUUUUCAGAAUUGUCUGUUGUACUUCAAGCGUGCCCUGUCUGAGAGAUGCAUUGUGCAAUUUUAUUGUCAUUUUGUAGGCUGAACCCAACAUUUAUGAGAAUGCAGCCAAUCAAUCCGCUAGAACCCAAUGAGCACGUAGUGGAAGCAGCCAAUUUGGGGGCUGAGGCAUUAUUCAUGAAAAUGUAGUCUUCACAUUCAGUGGGAGUCGGUGACAUUAUUGACUAUUGAGGCACAAGACAAGCAGAUAUAUAGGUAGCCCUGUAGUGGAUUACAUCAAUACUCAUGAGAAUUCACUGGAAACUAGUGUCUACACACGGGGGGCAUGAGGAAUUAGGUUACAGUGCACAGAUGUCUGGAUACAUUUGGUCCCCUAUACAACAAGAAUGCACCAAGGCUGACUAGUGACUAACUGCCCUUUUCUGUUUCAUCUUUCCAGGCAUCUCCGCUUGCUGACUGACGUCAGGCUGAGGGAUGUAUUUAUAGCUGGUUAUAGUGAAUAGAUGGAAAUGCACCAUUAUUUUGAACAUUAUUGCAGUGACAAAUCAGAAUUGAAAACUGCAGUUUAACGUCAUGCUUCAUUUACUUUAGUUUUCCAUUACUGUAAAUACAACACCAAUAUAACACCUAAAAAUAACCAUUUCAUAAGUAGCAGAGACAGAGACAUCAUCCUCAAUAAUGUAGGGACUAUGGGGGUCAUUCAGAGCCAAAUGCAGCUGUUCGUCUGAACGCAACGGCUGCAUUUGGGUGGUCUGCGCACGCUGCAGUUUGAUUGACAGCGGCAGCUGUUUGCGGGUCAGUGAUGCAACAUUGGGGGGCAGGCCGGGAGCAUUUUUUCGGGGCGGCUGCGUAACGUCACACGCAGCCACUGCCAUAAAAAAAAUGGCAGCAGACCGCCUGACAGCGCAGCCAGGAUGCACUGCUUGGGGUCAACCUUCAUUUGAUGCAUCUGCAAUUCAUCACACAUGCUAUGUGGUUCCCAGCAUAUGAGGAGAUGAACGCAGAUCUGGCUGCGUAUAUCUCUGAAUAAGGUCCUGUGUGCCAGCAUAUAACAGCAAGAGUGAAUAUAUAGUUAAAACAUUAAAUACAAUGUAUUAAAUACUUUCAUAAAGGUAAGAGGUGAUCAAAUAAAAACCUAUUUCUACCUUGACAGCUUCUAUUGAAUGCAUUGAAGCCAUUAUAUGUUAUAUACCCGCAUCAUCUCCACUAUCAGUGGGGUUCCCAGUCUGCAGACAAUUAUACCCUUUCUUUAGUGCUGCGCCCACAUUUGUAAUUGGCUAGAAUUCAGUGUUCAAAUGUACAGCUGGGAGACUCCGGUAGAGAUCCUUGUCUGUUCCUAAGUCACAGUAACCUCACACUGUGCAUCCAGCCAGGCUAGUAACAACAUAGCACGUUCCUUUGGGAACCAUGGAAUACAAAUGACUUCUGACUAUGACAAAUUCAUUUUAUGUGCUAAAUCCAGAAAUUUGUACAGACCAAAUUGAAUUUCCCAGCUCUGUAUAAACAUUCACUUAGCAUAUUUACAUCUUCAUCUGACGUGCAGUAGGGAAGUUACCCAAACUAUUACAGAUAACCAAGCAUUAAAUCUCCAGCACAAAUAUUGGUAGUAACCCUUCAGAUCACAGCGAUAAUGUAAUUUAUACAGACUUGCACACUGAGUGUCUGGGGAAACCAUCAAUGCGGGUUGCUCCUUUUUCAGUCUUCGCAUGGAGAUAAAUUACUCAAGUACAAACAAAUUGUCAGAUAUUAGAUUCAAUGUGUGUCAAAUAAGUAUUCUUUCUCCUCACAGGACCUGCAAUCCCACUAUAAUAGUAUGUAGGAAUUGCAUAUUUUCCACUUGUCCUUUAUUUUCAAGCCCAAACUUGGAUUUUGAAGUUUGGCAACUGACCACCGAUUUUGUGCCCUGGGAGUAAUUUUCAAUUGAUCUAUUCCCAAUUUGCAACGUGUGUUAGUUCAGUCUUACAUAAAGGGCAUGUCUGCUUGCCCACCCAAAACCAAUCUGCAUGCACCAUUACACAUCUCUGCCCGGGGCCAUAUUUACCCCAAUUACCCUAGUCCUCGUGCUAUAUAACUACUGGUCCCAAACUCAACCACAUCUUAAAAAUAUGUAUGAAAUGUAUUACUAACUUUAAAUGAGUUUAUAGUUAUUUCUAACUAUACAUGAGGACAAAAUUGUGCCAAUAUAAUGAUAUAAAGGACAAGGUGCCACCCUAGAACUAUGCCCCAUAACAAUGCCAACCAGUGCUCAGCAGACAUUCCGUUUCCCAGAUGCGGUGCGAUAGAUGUGUUGAAUUAAAUGCUACUGAUUAGAUUUUUAGAAUCUGUUUGUUGACCGUAUGGGCCUUUUGCAGAGUUGACAAUAAAUCAGGCAUAUAUUGCUAAUAAAAAAGCAUGCACAGAAAACAUAAUGCAUAUAGGGGGUAAUUCCGAGUUGAUCGCAGCAUCAAGUUUGUUAGCAGUUGGGCAAAACCAUUUGCACUGCAGGUGUGGCAGAUAUAACAUUUGCAGACAGAGUUAGAUUUGGGUGGGGUGUGUUCAAACUAAAAUCUAAAUUGCAGUGUAAAAAUAAAGCAGGCAGUAUUUACCCUGCACAGAAACAAAAUAACCCACCCAAAUCUAACUCUCUCUGCAAAUGUUAUAUCUGCCCCGCCUGCGGUGCACAUGGCUUUACCCAACUGCUAACAAAUUUGAUGCUGCGAUCAACUCGGAAUUACCCCCCAUGGUCCCUUAUAUGUACUGAGCUAUGUCUACACGAGAAGACCCUAUCACAGCCCAUUUCCACAUCUUCAGUUUGAAGUGAACAUGGAAUCAUAUGUAUGACUUUGCCUCACAAGAUGUGCAGUGCGAAAACAUGCAGGAUCCUUUCUACAAAUGGGUGUAGGUUCAGUUGUGCAUCAGCCCCAUACUGUUCUCCCAUAGAACACGGCUGUCAGAUAUGCAGCAAUGCACCUGACCAGCAGCAAAGUAUCCCUGGAUAGUGUAAUGAAAUGUUGGUAUUUGUAGCUUUUACAUCAGAGAUUUUCAGCCCUUUGCAGCUCACAGCGCACUGAGCAAGAUGCUAAAAAGAUCAAUGCACACCAUUAGUCAAAAAAACACCCAGAAGUUCAAAUUGUGGUGCCCCCAGUUCUCAGUGUACCACACUGCCCCUCCGCCCUGUUCACAUUAUGCUUCCCCAUGUGACACUCAGACUUACUGUACACGCACAGAAUGUGCCUACUCAUGCUCCUUAGCCUCUUUCUUCCCCACGUGCCAUGUGCUCUACAUGGCCAUGUACACUUUAUUUUUGGGCUGGCUGUCACAGCAUGUUUAAGGAGUAUUUGCAGCAUACCAGUUAGAAAUUGCUGCUCUACAUGUUCAGAUUUACAUAAAGAGAGUGCCCAUCCACCUACACCAUUACAUUCUUGUGAAAUGUAGUUUUUCUGUGGUCUGUUUAACACAUUAUGAUAACUAAAUUGGUCAAGGCUGCAGCUGAUACUGUACUCCUAGGACAUCUGCCCAUAUCUGUUACUCUCUUAGCUAUCCACAUUAUAUGGCCUUUGGCAGGGAAGUGGCCUUUACACCAGGAGCUGAUGGUGGGUAUGCCACACCCCUGGGGUACUGUUACUCUGGUGGAGGGAGGGUUGUUCAUAUCUAAAAUGUCCUAUCCAAAUCAUUACAUUAAACACUUUCCAUCCUGUAUUCUUAUUCAUCUGGAUGUGGAACUCAGUAACUCUCUGUAGUCACGUUGUUCUCAGACAAUGAUAUUAUCAGUAAAUGAAACAACUUACCUACUCUAGCCAAAUAGAGUCAUGUGACAGUCCCACCCCAUGAUGGUGGUGGUUGAGACAAAGGGUUUUGUUGGUUCUUGUGAUCUUCAUAAUGGAGCAUGAAAUGCCUUACAGCAGCCCAGAUUACUGCAGUCAAGCGUCUUUACCUCAUCUAGGUUAAUCACUUGAUUAGCAUCUUAUAAGAAUUGUAGUGUGUGCCGUGGGUGAUUAUUUUCUUGGGAUAAGUGAGCCAAAAUGUGCUACUUUCCUGCCAGUCCUGAGCUCAGAAACAAUAUAGUGGUGGGAGAGUAUCCAGGCCAGAGGCCAUCUUCUUAUUGCACCACCAAUAUGGUGCACAACAUUCACAGCCCAGACAUUCGUGUAACGCUGUGUUAUAUGUCAUCAUGUCCUGGGUGCCUUAUACUUACAAACAUUUCUUAUGGUAUGUCUUUGUCAAACACCUGAAUCAGAUUGUAAGCUCUUCAGGACAGGGUAUAAGUACUGUUGGUGGUGAGUCUAAGUUCCCAUGCUAUAGUUCUGUUGUUGUCUUUUUAUAUCUGGCGCAGCCUUGCACUCUGACAUUGCUGAGUCCGGACAGCCUAGAACUGGACAGGAAACAGACAGUUUGGGAACUGGGAAUUAGAAGAUGCUUUCUGCUCUCCCAGACGUUCCUAUGUCGAUUGCUUCACCCCCAUUAUGCAAAGCUUGCCGUUAAUUAGUGGGCUCUGUGCUGAAGGCUCAUUACCUUCCUAUGCAAUUGAACUUGCCAUGGUACUCUAGAAUAAUGUGACAGAUUGUAAUCACUGCCUUUAGACACUGUGAAUUCCUUUUUUUGGUACUCUGUAUUUUUUAUAUAUUGUACAAUGUAAAAAAAAAAGACUUCAGAAAUAAAUGAAAUGUUUAAAAAAAAUACAACAGAAA